UUAUGAGGUCAUCAGUGUGCGACACUGACGGUUUGUCGUGCGAGUCGGAGAAAGAUCGAGAAAGAAAAGAAUCAGGGAGCGUGAUAGUGAAGAGUGCAGUCACCGUGAAGAGAGGCCAGGUUUGGAGCGGUGUUUCUGUGGCCAGGGAUUUAAAUCUCAGGCUGUGGGGUCGGGGAGUGACUGCCCACUUUAAUGUGGAGCCGGUCUCCAGCUCUCUCAGUCGCCUCGGCCUGUAGCUGCUGUCUGGUUUGGGGAAACACUGCGCUGUUAAGAGUCCACCUACACACUUAGUUUGCAGAAGCCCAGAAGCCGAGAAGUGUUCAGAAACGAAAUGAAUGCUGAGCUAAAGGAGUGAAAAUUUUAAAUUUUACACUUGGGGUUUGGAUUAACUUGAAGACACAUUAACCUGAAGACUCAUACCAUGGACAUCCGACCUAAUCAGACAAUCUACAUUAACAACAUUAAUGAUAAAGUUAAAAAAGAAGAGCUGAAGAGAGCAUUAUAUGCACUGUUUUCUCAAUUUGGUCAAAUAGUUGAUAUUGUAGCAUUGAAGACUAUGAAAAUGAGAGGACAAGCAUUUGUAAUUUUUAAAGAGAUAACAUGUGCCACGAGUGCUUUACGGCAGAUACAAGGAUUCCCAUUUUAUGGCAAACCUAUGCGAAUUCAGUAUGCAAAGACUGACUCGGAUAUAAUUUCAAAAAUGAGGGGCACCUUUGCUGAUAAAGAAAAGAAAAAAGAGAAGAAAAAGGCCAAAAACCAAGAACAAGCUGCUGCAAACAAAAAGGCUAAUCAAGUAACAGCACAGGUGGCGACUUCAAAUUCUAACCAGACCACCGCCUCAACAAAUCAGGUACCAGACAAUCCACCCAACUACAUUCUAUUCCUCACUAAUUUGCCUGAAGAGACCAAUGAAAUGAUGUUGUCCAUGCUGUUUAAUCAGUUUCCUGGUUUCAAAGAGGUACGUUUGGUACCUGGCCGACAUGAUAUAUCUUUUGUGGAAUUCGAGAAUGAAGGACAGGCUGGUGCUGCACGUGAUGCAUUGCAAGGAUUCCGAAUUACACCAUCUCAUGCUAUGAAGAUCACCUAUGCCAAGAAAUAAUCAAGGUUAUCAGGGCGAAAACAUGUUCCAACUUGUUUAUUUUUAUUUUAAUUGCGGUUUACUUAUCGCAAGAGAGAGAAGAAAAACCAAGCAUAUGAAGAUGUUAUCAGCUUUGGACUUCUUUUAUCCAUCGCAGUCUCUCAAGAAUUGAAAUGUGAUUAAGGAGAAAAUAUUUCAUUUUCUGCAAAUGAUAUUGACUGUUGGUAGUUGAGAAUGAAAACAACUAUCUCGUGUUUUAUAUAAUAAAAGUAGAUCUUUUAGUAACUUUGUCAAGAUAACGGUUACUUUAUUGUAAAAUUUGGAACCAGGACCUUGUGUUGCUUUUGUAGCUCAUAAUGAACCAUGUAAACCGUUGACUAAAAUUGUACAGGAGUUGUAAACCAUACAUAUUUCAUUUGCAAGUAUUCUUAAAUUUGUUUUGUCAGUCUGCCCCAAAACCUUAGAACACAGCGGAGAUGUAGAAUUGGUAGAAAAUAAGUAAUAUACAUAUAAACAAGGUAUUGGAGGUUUAAUCAAAAGAAGCAGAGUGUUCAUGUUCUGACAGUAUUUACAUCUCAACACUGAGUUCAACAACUUCAAUUACUUACACAGAAAAUGAGGUGCUGUUCCUCCAGCUUAUGCUGGGUUUCACUGAAACACUGCUGCAGGCCUAGGAUAGAAAUGUUAAUGAGAAUAAGAUUCUGUAUUGAAAUGACGAGUGACUGGAAGACUGGGUUCAUUCUUACAGAAUGGCAGUGUUCUGCAAAGCAAUAAUUCAGUCUAGGUUUGGUGUCACCUGUAUUAUGAGCAGCAAAUACAGUAGACUUUCCAACUUAAUUUUGAAUCCACGUUGUUAUAUCUGAGUGGGUGACAGUCACUGAUGAAGGUGUGGCUGUGGAAGUGAGUUUUAGAAAACAGCUUAUUGAAGUUUAGGAGGGAUACUGAAAACGCAGGUGCAUAAGCUCAAAGAUACAAAUGGAAGUCCAUCAGAGGGAACAGUACAAUUUCGCCAAGAUAGGUAUACCUUCGGAAGAGAAAUGGCAGUGCAAAAGUUAUGGGCUGGAGGCUAAAAUGCAGACAUUGCCCCUUCCAUGAUGUAUUGUAAUGUUUCCUGGAUACUUGGUACUGAGGGUCACCUCGUACUUUAGGAUAUUCUAAUCUAGUGCAUGUUCACAAACAGGACAGGGUGGCUGCGAGUGAGGCAGGUAAAAGGAUUUAGACGGUAGGAGCCUUUGCAAUUGUCCACCAGG